AUGGACAAGAACCUCGAAGUGGGAACUAGCCACGUCGAAAACUACCAGGAUGCCAUGGACGCCAAGCCCACCGUCGACGAAUACGAUGCAGCUCGUCACGCAAAGCUGAGACACAAGAUUGACCGUCGCUUGCUGCCACUUUUCUGCUGGGUCUAUCUCCUCAACUACCUCGACCGUUCCAACAUUGGUAAUGCCAAGAUUCUCAACGAUGAGACCGGCGACAGUUUUCUGUCUAGCGUGAACAUGACCGCGACCCAGUACUCGAUCACGAUCACAGUCUUUUCCAUAUUUUAUUGCCUCUUCGAAGUUCCUUCCAACUGGGUCAUGAAGCGAUAUGUCAAACCGUCAAACUGGCUUGCCUUUCUCAUCUUCUCCUGGGGAGUUGUCACCAUUGGAUUUGCCUUUGUCAAGAACUAUGCCGGUGUCAUCGCUUUGAGAACGCUCGUGGGACUCUUCGAGGCAGGUGCCUACCCAGGCAUGAUAUACAUUAGGACAUUUUGGUACAGACAGGAAGAGCGCGGUAUUCGAAUUGCGCUCGUGUCAGCCUCGUCCACCUGCGCUGGUGCGUUCGGAGGUUUGGUCGCCUAUGGCAUGGCAUAUCUCAAUCGCCACGCCGGCUUGCGCGGUUGGCAGUGGCUUUUCCUCAUCGAGGGCGCCAUCACUGUGCUCUGUACGCUCCUGCUGGUCUUCUUCGCGCCAGAUUACCCUUCCACCACCAAAUGGCUCACAGAAGAGGAAAGGGAGUUUGCGACGAAGCGACUUGAGGAGCAGAAUUCGGGAUACACGAGCGAGCCGGCGAGCCGCAGAGAGGUCAUCGACACCUUUGUCGGGCCUCGAAUGCUCCUCCACUAUACUACCUACUUCACCAACGUCAUCGUCUUCCAGGGCCUCGUUUAUUUUACUCCUACCAUCGUCCAUGGGCUCGGGUACAGUUCUGUCCAGGCCCAGCUCAUGACGGUGGCUCCAUGGGCUGCGAGCUAUGUUGUAGCUCUCAUCUUGGCCAAGGCGGCCGACCACUUCAAUGCCCGGGGCUUCAUCGCCGCUGGGGCUGCCGUUGUCUCUGGCGCGGCCUUCCUUGGGAGCUCGCUCUUACCGCCUGAUGCCUUCGGGAGACGCUAUGCUUGCCUGAUCGUCGGCUGCUGUGGCGUCUUUCCGAGCUGUGCGCCUCUGACUGCUUGGGUGUCCUGCAACGCGCCCAGCCCCAGGACGGUCGGCUAUGCUGUUGCGCUGAACAACUCCGUCUCCGGCAUCGCUUCCAUCAUCGGCGUGUGGAUCUGGCAAUCUGAGCAGUCAGCGAAGGGAUUUCCUCUCGGAAAUCGUGUAUCCUGCGCCUGCAGCUUCGUCACCGCAAUCUUCGCUCUAGUUCUACGAUACUGGUAUGUGAGGAUGAAUAAGAACAACCAGCUAGACUCAACCGGUAGCCCUCGGGUUUGGUUGCUUUAA